AUGGAGGUUGCCUCGUCCACAGCCAUGGUCGCCGACGAGUGGACGGUGAACCAGCAGAAGACGCUUAUCCGGUGGGUGAACCUGAAGUUGGCGUUGGCGACCGAUCAGAACAUGCCCCAAGUGACUCCCAAAGUGAGUGUGGCUGACAUUGGGGAUUUCAGCGAUGGGCUCGUGCUCAAUAAGCUUACGAACCAGUUGGUGUGGGAGGCUAAUCAAGUGAAAGAGGAUCCUGAUUUGCACUACCUCGCCCCGAUGAAUAACCGCCCCAAUUUUAAGAUCCAGAAGAUUGAGAAUUUAAAUGAUUACAUUGCUUAUGUGCAGAAAGUGCUUAAAGUGCCUGGGCUAACGAUCCUGGCCGAGAAUAUCUUCAACGGUGACGUGAAACCGGUGGUGGGUUUACUCUGGAAUCUCUACCAUUUUAAUCACCAAAGAAAGACGUGGACGACGUUGAAAUUGGAGAUGCUCGCGUGGGUAAACCAUGUUUUGAAACCAGUAAAGCUUCAAGUGAAUAACUUUGCUAAGGAGUGGAGUAUCGAUGGUGGGCGUCCCCAUGUGUUUCUCGAAGCGAUCUUCGAACGGUUUGUUGACUUACCGUCAUUACCAGACUCUCCUACGGAGAAGAUUGACGCUCUCAUUGAAUUUGGUGGGACUGAACUUGGUAUUCCUCCGUUACUGGACCUGAGUGAUUUCACUCUGAAAACCCCGGAUGAAAAAUGCAUCCUUCCUUAUAUUAUUGAAUUGCACCGAUACUUCCACCCAUUAUUUAAAGCUGGGAAAGUGAAGGCAGCCCCAGCAACCCACGGUGCCGCGUUGCCUAAACCUAAGCCGACCGAGCCUGUGAAGGAAGCUGUGCCAUCAGAGCCCAUAGAGAAGGACGAAGAAGAAGAGGCUGAGGCUGAAGACGACUCGGAAUUUGAUUUCCAUUCAGUCAACGACUUGGUAUACGUCAUUCUCACUACGCAUAAGCUUCGGACCAAGUACGAGGCUAACGCUAAUAAGUUCGUCGAAAAGGCGGCGGUGGCCAAACAACUGCUUGUACCGGAGUUUGCCGAUAUCACCAGUGAACUUAAUCUGCUGGUGCUCAAUUUGGAAACCAAUAAUAGCCUGAUUGGCAAGUUUGACCUGACAUUAAAGCUUACAAUCAUGCCGGCAUUAACCCAGAUGAACCAUAUGAUUGAAGUUUAUAAACAGCUGGUGACAAAGACCCGAAAGGCGUUGGCCAAGGACCACAGUGACCUCGGCUUGAUUGAGGCUUCCAUUAACCAAUACUUAUCGUUGAUUGACCCUUCCUUACACUAUUUCCCACAAAACCCAAUGUUGGCGUACCCUAACCUAUUUUGUCUGAUCCUCGACGUCUACACCGCUGAGUACCAGUUGGCUUACUACUGUAAACAGGUGAUUGAUAAGUUACAGUUGUGUAAACUAGACAACGUGAUGGAGACAUUGGAGGCGGCCGUCACCAACGACAGAAACGAAAAGCAGGCGAUAUUGGACUGUUUGCAACAGUUUGAACAAUUAUUAACGCUUUGGGAAGGGUUUAAAGUGUUUUACCGUCGAUUUAACCUUGAACAACUUGAGCCGGAAGUACCUGAAUUCAUCAUACCCGAGGUUCCUGCCCCAGUGUUUACCAUUGACCCCGAAUUAUACCCCACGUUUAAAGCCGCUAUAAGUAAAGCUAGCGGCCACCAAUCGCUUGCUGACGUGACCAAAUUCCUCAAAGAACUUAAGGUGGACCCUGAACACAUUGACGAGCUCGUCAAGAUUCUCCCCGGGACGAUUGACGAUGCGUCUCAGGAUGCCGACUUUAAGCUUGCCCUGCUGCUGGCGAGCCUGUCGUCGUUGUUGCUGGACAAUGACGACGACACGUUGUUUGAGAAUAACCAACCUCAAGUCGACCCUUUAACGAAUAAAGUGUUUGACGUCCCCACCUUGAUCGAAAAGAUCGAGCUCGGGUUCUCCAUUUAG